AGCCGAGCGAGAGGCGAGAGGACGGAGAGGCCCGAGAGGAGGCGAGCACGUCGCUGGACUCGCUGAUCGCUAUACUAUACGUCGCGUGCGGCGUACAUACUUUACGAUUCGUGUGUGUGUCUCUCUCUGUAAAUAGCGAGUAAAUAAUGCGCGUUGUUGUCGUCGGCCGGGGACUCGUCGCGACCGCAACAACGGCGAUAGGAACGACGACGGUUUGACGGCAGAGGGAAGAAUGCGAGAAGGUUUUUGGACUCCUCGGUCGCGUCCGCAAACUUCACGAACGUACGGCCUGCGACAGUGCUCCUCGCGUACUACCCCGUGAGUGGCCUCGCUGACCUAAUUUCGACGAGCAAAAGCCCUUCUUUCGGCAGCCGCGACCCUUUCGUCCGAUCCUUUGUUUUGUCGGUGGUCUUUUGAGACGCACGACGACGACGACGACGACAACGACGACAACGACCUCGACGUCGCGCGAGCGACAGCCGGAGUUUCGUGACACAGAGUUUCGCCACGAAUUUGCACGUGGAAGCCCGUUCGCAAUGUCGAUUUCUCCGCGAGGAGCACCGUUGGACUUGUCAACUUUAAAAAAAUCAAUUUGAGCUCAGAAAAAUUAGGUUAAGUCAACGAACGCGCGAGCGGGGAAGGGGCAGGGAGGGAAGGGGACUUAUCCCGAUCCUCGUGGCGUGAGUGCGGCGCCGACCUCUUAUUGUCAGGUGAAGCGCGCGAGCUCAACAGGCGACAGACCUUGCGGGAGAAGUUGGUGAUUAUACAUUAUACAUGGAUGCUGCCGUCAGCAGCGUCCGCAGCUUCCGCAUUCUCACUUCUCGGGGACCACACGGCGACGCGGGCAAGAUGAGAUAUGCCUGUACGAAUUCUCGUGCGGGAACACGAUCGAAGGGACACGAUCGCGCGUUUGUGAUAAAUCGCCAGCAGCCCGCCGUCGCUGAGAUCCGUGCGCUCAUAUAUGGCAGUACGUGAGGGAGAUCCGGAGCCGUCCUGGAGCAAAGAUGCCUCAUAUUACGCGAAAAUGGGAACUGUUCCCGGGCAGGAAUCGCUUUUGCUGCGACGGCAGAGUGAUGAUGGCACCGCAGACUGGAGUGUUCUAUGUCACCGUGUGCCUCAUCGUCGGAACAAGUGGAUUGUUCUUCGGUUUUGAUUGUCCGUAUCUGGCACUACAUGUUACACCAGCAAUACCAGUAAUAGGAGCUUUAUUAUUUAUAUUUGUAAUGUCUGCUUUAUUCCGCACAAGCUUCAGUGAUCCUGGAGUAAUUCCAAGAGCGACACCUGACGAAGCAGCUUACAUCGAAAAACAAAUCGAAGUACCGAACAAUGGUAACUCCAAGACGUACAGACCUCCUCCGAGGACGAAAGAGGUCUUGAUUAGAGGACAACCAGUAAAACUGAAAUAUUGCUUUACAUGCAAGAUAUUUAGGCCACCAAGAGCCUCUCACUGUAGUUUAUGUGACAAUUGUGUCGAGAGAUUCGAUCAUCACUGUCCAUGGGUCGGCAAUUGUGUGGGCAGAAGAAAUUAUAGAUAUUUUUAUGCUUUUAUAGUGUCCCUCGCAUUUCUUUGCGUUUUUAUAUUUAUAUGUGCAGUCACGCAUAUUAUUAUGCUUACGAAAGAUAAUAAGCCGUUUUUAGAAGCUGUAAAAUUAUCCCCGAGUAGUGUUAUCGUGGGAGUCGUAUGUUUCUUCUCCGUUUGGAGUAUCUUGGGCCUCGCUGGCUUUCAUACGUAUUUAACUAGCAGUAAUCAAACGACUAACGAAGAUAUUAAAGGGUCGUUCACGAAUAGAAGAGGGCAGGACAAUUUUAAUCCUUACAGUCAAGGAAACAUUUGUGGAAAUUUUUUUUACGUAUUAUGCGGCCCAGCUCCACCUAGUUUAAUUGAUCGAAGAGGAAUAGUUACACCUGAAUACCGCGCAGAACAGGAACGAGUGGGUGAUGAUAAUGUAAUUAUUAACAAUAAGACGUAUGGUACUGCCAAAAUUGUGCAGCCUCAGUCGAACGGUACGACGGUUCAAACGAGCCCCAGCACGGAUCUCACGGGCUCGAUGAACAACUUGAUCAGCGGUCAACAUUCUCCAAGAAUAGAGUCAAUAAACGGUGAGUUGACCCUCUUGAGACAUCCUACACGUUGUCCCGAGGACCUACCGAAAUAUCCGCGCCAGUACAUAAACGAUACUUACGUGCCGCCGCCGUACCCACCGGCGCAACAUUGCUCUCAGGAUUCUGUGAAACAUAUUAUAUAUACCGAGGUAGAUCGGUUGAAUCCAGACUUUCAGAAGUAUCCGUGUAGAUGCGAGGACAGUUUGCACAAGUAUCCCCAUAGGUGUAGAGAGGAGUAUCAUAGGUGCUCGGAUAAUAAUCUUAUAUACGACCAGUGCAUAGGGGAACAGAAAUACGGCAUUGAUCUUCAGAAGUAUCCUCAAAGAUACUCCGAGGAUCCCUUACGUUAUAAGAUAAGUGAGAAGAACGGUUACACCGAUCUGCAAAAGUUUCCCCAGUGUUAUUCCGAGGAUCCAUUACGGCUCUCACAGUCGCCGCAUAUGCUUAAGUACAACAAUUUGAGAUGUACCGAGCACAGCUUAAAAUAUCCGAUAACGAAGAACAUUCUGCCGGCGCGUAUAUUAGGCACGGGUGGCAUACCGAUUAUCGGGCAGACCGCGAUUGGCCUUGUGGUCAACAGAUUCGGUUCCGGGCCACUAACUAAUAAUUUAUCGUAUGCGGACAAUUCGUUAUGUCCGAGCGAUAGUACGGAGGAGGAUCUCUUGAAUCGUCGUUUCAUUAUGAGUUCACUGAGUGAUAAUGAGGACAUUUAACGUCUAUUAUCAACCGGGAACGCGUUUUUGAAUUAUAAAAUUCAUUUAUAGUAGAAAAAGAGAACAAUAAAAUAAUUAUUACACAUUCUUAUACUAAAGAAAUCUUGGACUUGUUAGAAAGCUUUAACAGUUAGAAUCGUAAUUCGUCCUAUUCUUAAGAAAAAAAUCUUUCACAUGAGAAAGUGUACUGAUUUGUAUGUGUGUAUAUGUAUAUAUAUAUAUAU